GAAAGAGUUGAGAGAAUAUAAUGAAGAGGAAGACUGACAGAAAGAGAAGAUGGCUGAUAAGUGUCACUUGUGUCUGCUGGGACUGAUCUUUCUCUCUUCACUUCUCACAGGUCUCAGUGGAGUGGAUGAUGCUCAUGUGUUCAUCAGUUCUGGUGAAGAUGUCCGUCUGCCCUGUAAUAAUGCUCUUCAUGACUGUAACUCAACUACAUGGAUCUAUAACAGAUUCAUUCAUUCAGGAACAGUUGAACUGUUUGCUGGAGGGAUAAAGACGACAGACACAGAGAGACAUAAGAGACGGAGUCUGGAGUCUGACUGCUCUCUGAACAUCAAGAGCGUCACAGAAGAAGAUUGUGGAUCUUACUUCUGCAGACAAUAUGUGAAUGAUCAACAACAAGGAACUGAUGCUCGUGUUUAUCUGCAUGUUCUUCAUGUCUCUUCAUCUGAGAUCAGUGCAGGUCGCUCUGUGACUCUCUUCUGUCAGUUGUAUUCAUCAUAUUCAUAUCCUCAAGUCUCUUGUGAUGCUUGGAUCCGUUCUGAACGAAUUGAUCUGUUCUGGGUGAGUCAGGCUGGUGUUAAACUGACAAACUCAGACUCCAGAUAUCAGAUAUCAUUCCCAUCAGAUCGCUGUAUCUUCACUCUGACUACAACAAUCCUGAAUGAAGAUCACAACAGAGAGUGGAGAUGUGAAGUUACUCAGAGAGAUCAACUCAAGACCUCAGUCUCAUACACUGUCAAGAUCUCAGCUCGAGCUGAUUCAGAAACAGCAGUGACUUCAGUCCACAUCACAACUACAACAACUACUUCUACACCAGCUCGAGCUGAUUCAGAAACAGCAGAGACUUCAGUCUACAUCACAACUACAUCAGCUACUUCUACACCAGACAAUCAGAAAUCAUUAAACACCCCAAACUCUGAGAGCACUGCAGCUGCACACACAUCUGGAUUUACUGAUCAACAGGUUGUAACUUCAACUACAGAAACAACACUGAAUCCAGACAUCGCACCAAUCUUUCAGAAUCAGGUGAUUGUGAUUGUGAUUGUUGUCGGUGUUUCGGUCGCUCUUCUUCUUCCUGCUCUGAUUCUUUGGCUGAUUCGUAAAAAAAGAGCCGAUGUCAGAAGAGAGACUGAUGACUCUGUGGAGCAGACAGAUGAUGUGACUUAUACUGAAGUUACUGUGUGCAGUAAAAACAGAGCCAAGAAGAACAAGGUUCGCUGUGAUGAUAAAGUGACUUACGCUUCCAUCAGAGGAACAAAAGCUGGAGCUCAGGAAAACUGCAGUCAACUUUAUGCCUCUGUGAACAAGAACCAUCACAAAUCAGACAAAUAAUUAUACA